AUGUAUUCUAGGCCUUUAGGAGAACUGAAGUUCCUGCGGCUUUGGCAUGACAAUGCUGGGAAGGGGGACGGAGCGUCAUGGUACUGCAACUUCGUCUCUAUUGUUGAUUUGCAGACCAAAGUAAAGCACAACUUUAUCGUUGAUAAGUGGCUGGCCGUCGAAGAGGGCGACGGACUGAUUGACAGAGUGAUUCCAGUGGCAAGUUCGCUGGACCGCCUGCGUCUCUACUACCUGUUCUCGCAGAAGGUGAAAAGUGACACAAGUGACAAACACCUCUGGGCCUCGGUGUUCACAAGACCCGCCCACUCGAACUUUACCCGAGUGGAGCGCGUGGCCUGUUGCCUCCUCGUCCUUUUCCUCACCAUGGUUUCUUCCUGUAUGUUCUACAAGAACGAAGGACCUGCUGUGGUUGACUUUGAUUUCACCAUUGGACCCUUCGCUCUCACACCCUAUGUGGCUUACACGGGAACCGUGACUUGCCUCAUCACAUUUGUGCCCGUCACAGUCGUUAUAAUGCUGUUUCGUAACUCAAAGCUACGCACCAGCCAUUUGGCACUGCUUCGGGGUGUGGUGGAGGAUCACUUGGAUGAGGAGCUGGACUACAACAGCUGCAAAGUUGCCAAAGACCACGAUCAGACCUUUGUUGAAAAAGCGCUGGAAUCGUGUUCAACUCUUGAUGAUUGGAAGGACGAUCAGCCUCCGCCAUAUUCCGAAGGCCCUGAAUCCCCCAGAAGGAAGUCGGAGAAGAAAACGUUAAAUGGGAGAAAAUGGAAGAAGUUCGCUUUACCCUGGCAAACUCGCAUUUUGGCAUGGUUUCUCCUCAUCACUGGGAUCGCAGCCUCUGCUGUCUUCACCACCUUCUAUGGAAUUAGUUUCGGUGACGCAGCCUGCAAACAGUGGCUCUCUUCACUGUUCGUCUCGUUUUUCAUAGAUCUCUGUUUGACACAACCCGUGAAGGUUGUGCUAUUUGCGGUCUUCUUCGCUGUAAUCUGUAAAUCAAAGGUGGACGCGUCAGAUUUUGACUUUGUUGAAGAAGACGAGGCUCUAAUGAAUACCCUCGGCCACCGUUAUAGGCUAAACUUUGGUGAGGAAUAUCUGCAUGAAGAAAUUUUGCGCGGAAAGCUUGAGAGCUACGUGAUACGUCCGCCCAAUCAGGAGGCACUGGAGCGGGCACGAAUGCAUCGGCAGAAACAACGACAGAUGUGCGAUAUCCUACGUGAGUUAGUCUUCUUCUUCACCUUCUUCACCCUCCUUGUCAUCGUCUCUAACGGUUUCCGCGAUCCUUUGGCAAUGCGGCUGCGUGAGAGUCUCGCCUCCCUCUUCUUCAAUGGCGACGACUUCAAAGCGAUAAAUUCAAUCGACGGGAUAUGGGAUUGGUUUGAAACAACUUUGCUGCCCAAUUUGCGAGCUUCAGCUUGGUACAAUGGCGCUCCGCCUCUGGGACAGCGAGGCUUCAUUGGUGACCGCAAGAAUCGAAUCAUGGGCUACGCAACGUUGCGACAAGUUCGCGUUAAGGAAGGCAAGUUUAUUCAACCAUAUCGGAGUUUAAUCAAGCUAGCAGGACAGCCAAGGGAACAUCCAGAGGCCACAUGCAGGUGCAGUGGGGACUUCGCAAGUUCAUGCACUGUAGAACAGGCGAUGAGACCCCUUUUUAACGAGUGUUUUGGUCAGUAUCACUUGUGGGAUCAGGAUGAGGGGGACUACCAACCUGGAUGGAUUCCAACUGCGCUGGCACACGAUGACCUGCCUCUGGAGUAUCGCUACACAAGGGCUGUGGAACGCGAUGGCUUCUUCACAAAAGGCCAAUUAGGCUUCUACUCCGGCGGUGGCUAUGUGCACGAGUUACGUGGCAGUUCGAGUCAGCUCAUGGAGGAGAUGCAUAACCUACGUAAACAGCAAUGGAUCGACCGUCGGACUCGUGCAGUCAUUGUGGAGAUGACCACCUUCAAUCCGGGAAGUUACCUUUUCGGAAUCACCGUUAUCAAGUUUGAACUGUCCGGUACAGGCGGUGUGCUCCCUUCUUUUCGAAUUGAACCAGCUAACCUUCUCUCCUUCUCUGCCAGCGGUGUUAAGGCUUUCGAACUCGCCUGCCAGAUUCUCUUUGUGAUUGCACUGGUCACUAUGGUGAUAAAGGAGAUUCGCAAUCUGUGUCGCCAACGUCUUCGAUACUUCUCCACUUUUCAAGCCUGGGCUCAGAUGUUCAUCAUCUCCUGUUCCUUCGGUGCAAUCGCCAUCUACAGUUACAUUACAAUGGAGGUGAAAAGAUUGACUUUGGAGUUCUAUCGUUCCAACGGAAAUGGUUAUGCCAACUUCCAGAUGGUAGCUAAUUGGAAUGAAAUCCUCUCCUACUUAGUUGCUCUCGUCACCUUCGUUGCCAUCCUUAUGCUGAUGCAUAUUCUCCGCUUCAAUAAGAACAUCGGUCUGCUGGGCUCUGUUUUGAGAUAUGCAAAUCGUGACAUGAAGUAUUUCUUUAUCGUCUUCGCCAUUAUCUUCUUUUCUUUCGUGGUCACCUUCUAUCUUCUCUUCUUCGAUACUAUGGCCGCGUACAGCACCAUGAUUUCCUCCAUGGAAACGAGUUUUCAGAUCGUCUUGGGAAAAUUUGAUGUCAAGGGAAUGUACGAAAGAGAGCCUAUCCUCGGUCCUGUGGUGUUUGCGACCUUCUCCCUCUUCAUCAUCUUCAUUAUGCUGAGCAUGUUUGUGGCCAUUUUGACGGAUAGCUUCGAGGUGGUGCGCAGAGAUCCCAGUCUCCAGUCGCAUGACCAUGAAAUAGUCCAAUUUAUGCUAACGAGUUUCAUUCGCUGGUCUGGCCUAGACAGAUUCAAGUGGGCCAAAAGCUUUCUUGAUGCCUACGCUUUAGGCCUCGCGGAGCAGUUGUACAAAGACGACGAGGAUCAGGAGUGCGAAAAGAUCAUCGCAGAUUUUAGUGAGGUAGCUGACCAAUUUAUCAGUUGCGUUAAGCGCUUCGAGCUUGUGGGCCUCCGGGAUGCCUAG